AUGUCGAGCCACAUAAAGACCGUUCUUAUCCUCGGAGCAUCCGGCUCGGUCGGCGCACCCAUCCUCAACGCACUCCUCACCGAAUCCUCCUUGAACGUCACCAUCGUCAGCCGCGCAUCAUCAUCAGCUUCUUUCCCGUCCGAUAUCCCGGUCAUUAAGAUCUCGGACGCCUUCACAACCGAAGAACUUACCGAAGCUUUCAGGGGACAGGAGGCAGUCGUAGUUGCACUUACCACUGGCUCUGUUAUCUCAGGCGAAAAGGAUGGUCUAGCGUUUCGACUCAUCGACGCUGCGCUCGCAGCAGGCGUAAGACGCUUCAUUCCUAGCGAGUUUGGCGCGAACAACCUCGACCCUCGAGCUCGUGCACUCGUCCCUACCUACGACCGCAAGGGCGAGAUGUUGGAGUAUCUUAUGAAGGCCUGCGAAAACAGCCAAGGCAAGCUGACGUGGAGCAGCAUCUGUUGCGGAAGUUGGCUAGACUGGGCGCUCGAUCCUUUAAAGUCUGGCAACUUCCUCGGCAUCGAUGUGAAAGAGAAGAAGGCAACAGUAUAUGAUUCUGGGACGAAGUGCUUCGCUGUCACAAGCAGCAAGAAUACAGGGCUGGCAGUUGCGAAAGCUUUACUUGACCCAGCUAUGACAGCGAACAAGCAGAUAUUCCUGUGUGACUUUUCGGUUAGCACGAGGCAGAUCGUAAGCGCGCUAGAAGCGGAGACGAAGACCAGAUUUCUUAUUGAGGAGAAGCAGAGUGGUCCGGAUAUCAAAAGGUUUCGAGACCAGUUUGAUGCUGGAGACCUGAAUGCAACAUUUCCUUUGCUAGCUAUCAGUUUCGGUGCUGACGUGGAUGUCGGGUAUGACUUCGAGGCUGAGCAAGAGGUAUGGAACAGGAAGCUGGAUCUACCCAAGGUGACUCUUGAGGAAAUAGUUCACGACGCUGUAGAGCUAGCGGCACGCUCUUAA